CAAUACUUAUAAACUAUACACUAAUAAUUAUUAGUCAGUCACUACUAGUCCUCAUUAUUCAUUGGUCUAUUACUCUACUCCAGGGUACUGAGGUAUUACCUAAUCCUUAUGCUGAUCCUGAGUUGUGUGAGAAACUAUCAAAUGAUCUUCUACACUGGCUCUAUGAGAGAACUAGUAUCCAGCAGAGUACUACUUAUGUUAAGAAACUGAUUGAGGACAAUAGUCCGAUUGAGGAGACACUCCGCUUCCUAGGGUUUUGCUCGUGGGAAAAUUGGGAAUUUUCGGCUGUCGUAAUAGCAGACCUGCUAAUGGAGAUUGCUACAGUGCAACCUUUUGAUAUGAGACCUUAUCUUGAUCUACUGUACCAUCUACUAACAAUGGCAGACUCAUGGCAGCACACCAGAAUAAGAGCUAUGUUCUUAGGUCUACAGGAUAGAGUGGAUGGGAUGAUGACAAUGAUACAACACGGACAGACUCAUGUGGUACAGCAGAAAAGAGCUUAUCUCUGUAUCAAGUUCAUUAUUAACUUAUGCUCAAGGUGUCAGUUGACAAUGGUGGUGUUAGAUGAGGAUGUUCAUUUGAAGAGGUUGUGGCAGUUCUCAAUCCAAUGGCUACAGAAUGAGCUUGACAGAAGACAAUACACCACAUCAACUUACCCAUACACUGGAUGGUCACCUCCUGCUCAGUCCAAUGAAGUAUCUAACAGGUUAAUAAUGAUAAUAAUAAUAAUAUUGACUUUGUUUUAA